AUGUAUUCCGGCAGAGGCGGUCGGGUGCGGAAGCAGCCAGGCGCCCCGGAGAGCAGCAGCAGACAAGUCCCUCCUCCAUACGCUGAACUGCACCACCCUGCGCCAGCCUUCAGCCGAGACAGUGCUCCCCGGGAGCGAGAACAGCUUCGUUCGCAUCCCGACAAGAACGAGGAUACCGCCGGGGUGUCAGGGCAGGCAUCCCGUACCUUCCAGGAGGGUGUACGGACGACCGAUCAGGAGCUGCUCGAGAUGAAAUAAGAACUGCACAAGAUCAGGGAGGAGCUCUGUGAGACUCAGCUGGAGCUGCAGCUGACACAUCAAGAACUCUACAGAAUCGGGAAAGAGGGGAACAUACUGGGGCAGGCCAUCCAUCUGCUAGGAAGCUCUCUUAGCAGACAGAUAAGCGCAAACCAACAACAAGUGCAUGAAAUAUGCCAAAUACUACAGGGUCCCCCCUCUUGGAUUCAUCUUGAGCGUUACGACCAGUUGUUGGGGGAUAUUCACCUCAAGACGCUCUUGAGAGACAUGGUUGAAAAGAGCGUGAAUGAACAGAUUUCUCAUAGCAUAGUAUAUAACGAGUUGAUCGCUCUGAUCCAGCAGGCCAGAGGCGAGCUUGAAUGUUACACGCAAGACGCAGUGUAUACUAAGG